GCGGGACUCAGUAUCCUGGAGCUGAAAGUCAGGGACCCUGGCAGAGGCAUCACCCUCAGAACCUUUCUCAGGACCUAUACACCUGUAGGAACAGGAAGGGCCCCUGUGGCUCCAUUAAUCUACACUGAGUGCCAGGUCCCACAGCAGCAACAAGAGCACAAAUCUAGGGGACCAUGGGCGCCUCCAGGCUGUAUACCUUGGUGCUGGUGCUGCAGCCUCAGAGAGUUCUCUUAGGCAUGAAGAAGCGAGGCUUCGGGGCUGGCCGGUGGAAUGGCUUCGGGGGCAAAGUGCAUGAAGGAGAGACCAUUGAGGAUGGGGCCAAGAGGGAGCUGCUGGAGGAGAGUGGUCUGACUGUGGACAAGCUGCUCAAGGUGGGCCGCAUCAUGUUUGAGUUUGAGGGCAACCCUGAGCUGAUGGAUGUGCACAUCUUCUGCACAGACAGUAUCCAAGGGACACCCAUGGAAAGCGAUGAAAUGCGCCCCCACUGGUUCCCACUGGACCAAAUACCCUUCAGUGACAUGUGGCCUGAUGACAGCUACUGGUUUCCACUCCUGCUUAAGAAGAAGAAAUUCCAUGGCUACUUCAAGUUUCAGGGUCAGGAUACCAUCCUGGACUACACACUGUGUGAGGUGGACACCAUUUAGUAGGAGGUCUGGGCUGGCCCCACCAGUGCAGCUGAAAACUAAGUUGGACUCAAAAAGCCAUGCUUCAGGGGUGGGAUCUAAGUAGAUGGCAAGGAAAAUAAAGGUCUUUUGCCUCUGAA